AUGGCUGAGAGAAGUUUUUCAGUAUGUGGACCAGCCGUUUGGAAUAGUCUACCAAAAAUAAUAAGCGUUAGACUGACCAACAGUAACCUUGUAACGUUGGCAACAUGUUACAACCUGACGAGUCAACUGAACAACACCAACGUAACAUUCCAGUGUGCUAAUGCUGCAGGAUACCCAAGUAGAUAUCUCUUCCUUGAACAGAGUGACAGUUCUGUCACUAAUCUGAACAUUUGUGAGGUUGAAGUGCAAGGAGAAUAUGCCGACGUCAAUGGUCCUAAAAGAAAUCUUCUACUGAAACAAAACACUUCGAUGAGCUCCGUAUACUUGAGCACAAACAGCAUAACUCAGCAGUCGCUGGCGCAAAGUUCUGGAUUGUUGGUUGAUGGCAUAAGAGACACGACACCACUACACGGGCACUGCGCACAAACCUCGAAACCAGGCACAGGCUCUAAUUGGAUGCUGGUGGAUAUGGAUGGAUAUUUCUUCGUUGAUUAUAUCGCGUUGACGAGCAGAGGGUCCACUCGUCUGCGAAGCUUCAUCAUCGGUCUGACGUCAUUCAAGGCAAGUGAUUUCCUGCCAUUGAGAGGUGGCUAUCCCGUGUGCAACGUGUAUCCAAGUGUCGUCCCAGUAUCAUCACGAAUCACCCUCCGAUGCAACGCCAACCUGCCCCCCCAGCAGGCCUAUGCACUUUCUGACGGAUACUUGGGUGUUUGUGAGCUGGAAGCCUAUGAAUCAUCAAGUUUCAGCAAGCUGUGGAUUUCAAGUUCAGACCAGAGAUUGGUGGGUUUUGUAUUUCUAGAAUUGCCAGCAUUAAGGCCCACCUCGUGCGUUCUCAAGUGCAUGAAACUGGGAAGAUAUGAAUGUGACUCCUUCAACUUCAACCAACAACUGAACGUUUGCCAAUUGAACAAGCACAGAAAUGGAUUUCAACUUGAAAAUUUGACAUCGAUUCACACGUGGUCAUUCUAGAAUGCUACAUAUUAUUUCGUAGGAGGAAAUCAUUAAUCAUUACUUAUUUAUCCUGAUCAACAAUUAAACUAAACAGUUUUAAUAUUUUCGAAACAUUCAUUUCUAAACUAGUUGACUUUUGCACUUUGCUUGCUUAAAUGCACAUCUAGGACAAGGUAAUAACUUCAAUCUUUUUCAAUUCACAAAUAAUUUAGAUACUUAAACAAGGACUUCACACAUUCAAAA